AUGCGACGAGGCGACAAGAGCGUCACGUGUAGUUCUUUUCCCGCUUUCUGCAGAAAAACCGAUAUAAAACCUGUUAAUGAGCCGUACUAUUAUGCUACUGCAGUGCCGACGGAGAUGGGUGACUUCAUUAUUGCACAGGCUCCAAUGGAGAACAUUCUUCUGGAAUGGUAUCAUCUGAUCUGGCAACAGAAAGUGCGCAUGCGCAAUUUUUCGUUUGUGCAAAAAACGUUGAUGGAGUCAAGUGCAUGCGGCGGUUUAGCAACUAAAGCAACAAGCUUGUUCGGUGCACCA